AUGGCAGCUGUCAGUCACACUGGCUUCGGACCCAGAACGUUCAUCCUUGUUCGACUCCCAGGCAUGGAGAGGUCUUACCUCUGGACUUCCCUCCCCUUCUUUUCCACGUAUGUUAUUGCACUUCUAGGCAGCUUCAUCUUGUUCUUUAUCAUGUCAAGAUAGCGAAGCCUUCCCGAGCCGAUGUACCUUUUCCUUUUUGCAUUACCAGAGUUGCUGUUAUCAACCUCCACGGUGCCCAGGACGUGAGCUGUUUUCUGCGUCAGGGUGAGGGACGUUUCUUUCGGUGCCUGCCUUGCCCAGCUGCUUCUUGUUCAUUUUAGUUUUGUUGCCAAGUCAGCGAUUCUGCUGCCCAUGGCAUUUGGUUGGGACGUUGCCAUCUGCAAUCCCUCCCACAGAGAUAGAGCUGGCAGCUUUGCCAGCCGUCUCCGCAUCGUCCUCCCCUUCGUUUUUCUACUUCGGAGGCGGCUGCCGUGCUGCAGAAGCCGCAUUAUCCCUCACUCCUGCUGCGCGUUGGGUGUUGCUGGGCUGGCCCACGCGAGCGGAGAAGUCAAUGUCGC